CUUUACAGGCAAUGGAAGCCCCGUAGGACCAAUACACGUCAGCGCGUUCGUUUCCCAGCAGUCUCACAUCAUAUUGUACACAAUCAUCAUGGCGACCCAGGAUGGAAAUGAAGAAGUCGUAAUGGAAACUGAAGCCACUUUGAAAGAGCCACAACCACUGUGUGAAAAUGUUGGCGAAGGGAAUGCUGAAGUAUCGGAAACUGUGUCUCGGACAGAUAAUGCAGGGGAAAGCUCUUCAACUCAGGACCCUACUGUCAGCAAUGGAGAUGACAGUGAUGAAGGAAAGGAGAUGGUGGAUCUAAAGAUUAUUUGGAACAAGAAUAAGUAUGAUCUCAAAAUUCCUUUAGAUGGCACUGGAGCCAAACUGAAAGAGCGAAUCCAUUCACUCACUGGUCUUCCACCUGCUAUGCAGAAAGUGAUGUACAAGGGACUGCUACCAGAAGAUAAGACGCUACGUGAAAUUAAAGUUACAAAUGGUGCAAAAAUAAUGGUGGUUGGAUCUACAAUAAAUGAUGUACUAGCUGUAAAUACUCCAAAAGAGGUUAUUCAGCAGGAAGUUAAAGCUGAAGAAAACAAAAAGGAACCUUUGUGUCGGCAAAAACAACACAGAAAGGUGUUGGACAAAGGCAAACCAGAGGACAUAAUGCCAUCUGUUAAAGGAACAAAGGAACGCUUACCAACAGUGCCUUUAGCCGGAAUGUACAACAAAUCUGGUGGAAAAGUUCGUCUCACCUUCAAACUGGAACAAGAUCAACUGUGGAUUGGAACUAAGGAGAGGACAGAGAAAAUCCCAAUGGGCUCCAUCAAACAUGUGGUGACUGAACCCAUUGAAGGCCAUGAGGAUUAUCACAUGAUGGUAACACGUUUCCUUACUACAAAAUCUUGCAAAAGCAGAUGA